GCCGCUUAAUUUACUUCUUCUUCUCUUCCUUGAUCUUUUUUCCCUCUCACCGUGAUCGUGUUACGCGCCGUCGAUCCUCGCAGCAACAACCGCAGCCGCGCGGGCAGGACGUCAUGAGUGUACUUUUGGAGACGUCGCUUGGCGACAUUGUCAUGGACCUUCUGGUCGAUGAGUCGCCCAAAGCGUGUGAGAACUUCCUGAAGCUGUGCAAAGUCAAAUACUACAAUUUCUCGCCGGUUCACAGCGUCCAGAAAAAUUUCACCUUCCAAACUGGUGACCCCAUCGGACCCGACUCCUUGGAGAGUGAUGGCGGAUCUUCAAUAUGGGGUCUUUUGGAAGGCCCGUCCAAGAGGGCAUUUCCUCUCGAACUUCCACCGAAGCUGAAACACAACGAACGAGGCACCGUGAGCAUGGCGACGGUUCCUUCACCACAUGACGAGGACCUACGUAUCGCUGCCAGCCAGUUUAUCAUUACGCUUGGAGAUAACCUUGACUACUUGGAUGGGAAGGCGGUGGUUUUUGGAAAGGUCGUGGAAGGGUUUGACGUCCUUGAGAAGGUCAAUGAAUCCUUCAUUGAUGACCGCGGUCGACCGCUAAAAGAUAUUCGUAUCCGUCACACUGUCAUUCUUGAUGACCCAUUCAACGAUCCCCCAGGUCUGGUAGAGCCACCAGAGAGUCCUUUGCCAUCAAAGGCACAGCUGUCGACAGUCAGGAUUGCCGAUGAUGAGGAUCUCGAUGAAGACAUGGACGAAGAUUCAUUGGAGAGGCUUCGGCGGGAACGCGAGGCAAGAGCACAAGCGCUGACCCUGGAAAUGGUUGGUGACCUCCCGUUUGCAGAGGUCAAGCCACCAGAAAAUGUUCUGUUCGUCUGCAAAUUGAAUCCUGUCACCCAAGAUGAGGAUCUCCAUUUGAUCUUCAGUCGUUUCGGACAAAUUCUAUCUUGCGAGGUCAUUAGGGACAAGCGGACUGGCGACAGUCUGCAAUACGCAUUCAUAGAGUUUGAGAACCAAAAGGAUUGCGAACAGGCAUAUUUCAAGAUGCAGGGAGUACUUAUUGACGAUCACCGGAUCCAUGUAGAUUUCUCUCAGAGUGUCUCGAAGUUGUCGGAGAGCUGGCGUAAUGCCACUAUCACCAAGCGGAGCAGUCAACGAGGUGGCUUUGGUGGUGUAGCCAACCUUGAAAAGAAGCGCCAGUACAGAGCAUCCGAUAACGCUCGCAGAAAUGAUGACGAUGAUGACUAUGGAAUGCUGUUCGACAAAGGCGCCCCAAAACAACGACGUGCUCCGCGUGAGCGGUCUCCCAGCCGGAGCCCAAAAAGAGGCUCGCGUCCUGACCGAAGGGUUAGUCGAAGCCCGAGACGAGGAAAUUCCUACCGGGACCGAUACCGUGAUAGAUCUUUCAGCCGAAGCCCUACACGGGGAGAAUCCUAUCACGAUAGAAAUCGAGGCAGGGCCUAUGAUGGCGAUCGACGCUCAGGACGUGACCGCCGGGAUGAUGACCGAUAUCGAGAAAGACGGCACCGCUAAUAUUGUAUCAUAAAGUUGUUUUUCGCAUAGCCUGUCCAUACCUUUCCAUGUAUAUGACACAUCAAUCUUGACAGGGAGGGGUAUGAGCUGUCGAAUUUGUAAAUACUACUAUUAUCCAACACAGUUGAAAAGUUGGGCAUUGAGGUAUCCCAUUUUAUGUACCUCUAGCAUGCAUGUCCUCUGAAUGCACCAUGGUAAAGGCCACUUGUCGGUGAAACCGGACUGUCGACUUUAUGUUCAGCUAUUGACGGCGUGCCCCGCCGAGAGGGGCUAACACAGGAUUUCCCCUCGAUUCCAUUCCGGAUUGGCCAGUCACAUGCUGCUAUGUAAAACGAGGGUCUCAGUGGUAUUUUAUAGCGUUACG